CGCCAGGUUUUCUCAAUGAAGCAGGGACGCUGUGCACCGCGGCUUUGGACCCAACCUAGUGCCCAGGCGCGACUGCAGGCAGAGCUCGAUUCCCGCCGACCCUCCGCAUGGAGAUGAAGUGUAUUGUGGGCAUUGGAGGCGUGACCAAUGGUGGCAAGACCACACUGACCAACAGCCUGCUGAAGGUGCUGCCCAACUGCUGUGUGAUCCACCAAGAUGACUUUUUCAAGCCCCAGGACCAAAUCGCAGUUGGAGAGGACGGCUUCAAGCAGUGGGAUGUGCUGGAGUCCCUGGACAUGGAGGCCAUGCUGAGCACCGUGCAGGCCUGGAUGAGCAACCCUCGGAAGUUCGCCCGUGCCCAUGGGGUCGCUGUCCAGCCAGACACCUUGGACACCCACAUCCUGGUUCUGGAGGGCUUCCUGCUGUACAGCUACAAGCCCCUGGUGGACUUGUACAGCCGACGGUACUUCCUGACUGUCCCCUACGAAGAAUGCAAGUGGAGGAGGAGUACUCGAAGAUACGAGGUCCCCGAUCCCCCUGGCCUCUUUGACGGCCACGUGUGGCCCAUGUACCAGAAGUAUAAGCAAGAAAUGGAGGCCAAUGGCGUGGAAGUAGUGUACCUGGAUGGCAUGAAGUCUCGUGAGGAGCUCCUCCACCAGGUCCUGGAAGACAUUCAGAACUUGCUCCUGAACCACUCCUAGUGUGCCUGGGGCAGGAGGGGCGUAGCCCCGGAUUAGAGGGACCCACAUACGGUUCUGGCCACAGUGCGGCCAGGCUGGCGGCAUCCCAGCAGAGAACUGUGCGACCACCUCCCCUGUGGGCGUCUGCACAUGUGAGAGUGGAGGCCCCACUCACCGCUCAGCAUCUCCGGGCCUCGGAUCCCGCCCCAAGAUGCCUCUGUGACCUCAGAGCAGCUUAAGUAUUAAACCUGAUCCUGUUUUUUUUAAAAAAACUGUUGUGGUUCAGCCUUUGUGUUUGAGGUGCUGAAAAGGACCCUCAGGUCCCCUCCCCUUAGUUCAUUGGUGGCCUCUGGGUGUGGCACUGAGAGCUCUGAGCAGUUGAUCUCCGCCUGUUGGACCCACAGUGACAUGACCCCGGGGCUGCUGCAGGUCCUUGGGGACACAGGGUCCCCAGAGGGGAGAUUUCCUGCCAGCUUUCAACAGAAGGCACAGCAUAACCCAGAGCAGGGCCUGGGACAUCAGCCAAGCCUGAGGGAGCCCCAGUUCUUGGCUGAGUCCUGCCCUUCCCAUGCCCCUACCAAACCCCCAGCACCUUCUCUGCAGCUGGAGUGGAUAUCUACUGUUUAGGGUUAUUGAGUUUUCAUGAUCCAAGAUGCUCACGAAGGACAUACUUCCAUGUCUCCCUGAGCCCUCCCCAAAACCUCAGGGAGACCAUUUAUUAUUUACGCCCAUUUCAAGGGUGGGUAGACUGAGGCUCAGAGAUGGUCAGUGGCUUGGCAGAGCAGGGAUUUGAACCUACUUCCCCUAGACACUGUUCUCUUUGCUCAAGGGAGUCUGGAAGGUUCAAUGGGGACCAGAGUCUUGGUGGAAGGGAGGACAGGGUAGUCUCUGACCCGAGGGUGACACUCCACAGCCAGCUGAGGACCUGUAGCUUCCCACAGACCUCGGUUCAGAAUGGAAACCUGCAAUUCAGGUGGGUUUGGACAAAGCCAGUGAACGUUUGGAAAUUAUGGAAGGAAAAAAACAAUUUACUAUAUAAUGAAACGGUGCCACUCAUAGGAACACCCAAAGGAAUUUAAAAUGGCGCCCUGGCUGGUGUGGCUCAGUGCGUUGAGUGCUGGCCUGUGAACCAAAUGGUCACUUGUUCGAUUCCCAGUCUGGGCACAUGCUUGGGUUGUGGGCCAGGUCCCCAGUUGGGGGUGCACGAGAGGCAACCACACAUUGACAUUUC